AACACCCAUUUUUCUUCUUCUUUCAAAGAGAAUGACGUUGUACAACCCAAUGACAGAGAGCAGCAAGGGUCUGCCAUCUCUGACGGAUUCGUUGUCUGUAACGGAGACAGUGAAUGGAACACACAAUUUUGAGUUGAAGGGUUACUCUCUAGCGAAGGGAAUGGGCGUUGGAAAAUUCAUUGCAAGCGAGACAUUCACAGUGGGAGGGCACCAGUGGGCCAUAUACUUCUACCCAGAUGGCAAGCUCCCCAGUGAUAAUGGUGUUUAUGUUUCCCUCUUUGUGGCCCUCGUUUCCGAGAGCACCGAUGUUCGUGCGCUGUUCGAACUCAAGUUGCACGACCAAAGCGGCAAAGGGAAUCAUUUGGUUUAUAGCCACUUCGGUCGGAGCCUCGAGAAUGGCCCUUACACUAUCAAAAACCGUGGCUGCAUUUGGGGAUAUAAGCGGUUUUUCAAACGAAAAGACCUUGAGACAUCAACUUUCAUCAAGGAAGACAGCUUGAAGAUCAGUUGCACUGUCGGUGUUCUGGUGAUGUCUGAUUCUUCUAUGUUUAACGCAAUUCAUAUACCUGAAUCUGAUAUAGGAACAGAUCUGGGGAUGCUGUUAGAUCAUGAGGACUUAUGUGAUGUCACUUUCUCCAUUAACGGGGAAAGGUUUCGUGCACACAAGCUUAUUUUGGGUGCUCGAUCAACAGUGUUUGAAACCUGGUUUUCCAAUGGGUUAGGGAAGGAUAAUACGGAGAUAGUUCUCAAUGACAUGGAGCCUAAAGUUUUCAAGGCUUUGCUUCACUUUAUAUACAAAGACACUCUGAUGGAAGAUCAAGAGCUGUUUUCGUGGCAAUCAUCAUCGUAUUCUUCGAUACCAGAAUCGUUUCCUGCAAAGUUAUUAGCUGCAUCGAACAAGUUUGCCUUGCCAAGAUUGAAGCUCAUGUGUGAAUCAUUAUUUUGUAGAGGCAUAUCUAUAUAUUCUGUUCCGUAUAUUCUGGUUCUUGCGGAUCGUUAUGGUGCUACUGAGUUGAAGCCCAUCUGUCAAAACUUUUGUGCAGAAAACUAUGAUGCUGUCGUGAAAUCUGGUGGUUUGGAGUAUAUUAGGCAAAAAUGUCCGUUUUUGCGAGCAGAACUGCAAACUAUUGCUGCUGGUUUGGACAAAUUCAUUGUGCACUAUGCUAGGAAACAACCAAAUUCAGAAAGAGAUGAAGGUUCAAGCAACAUUUCUGAUGCUGUUAACGAGAACAAUGAUCCAUUAGGGAUUAGUUUUAAGAUUUGGAAUGGUAAAGGAAAUUAGUUGAUUUCAAGACGAAGAUGUACUCUUGAUAAAAACAAA